AUGCGACGAAUCGUUAAACGUGUGACACCUGAUUCUCAUCUGCUGGUGCUGUUUCUCUUUGCCAUCACGUAUUGCGUCAAUAUUCUGAACUGGGUGUUCUACCUCCGAUACACUGAUGAUAAGGUUGAUGAUGCUCUGAUUGCCGCUCAUCUCGCCUUUUCCGUCAUUGGGUGUAUCCUGUUUUUCUUAUUUGCCUCUCCUCUUAUUUAUUGGUCGUACGUCGGGGCCAGUGAAAUGAUGCCCCAAACACGGCGAAAUACGUCAUGCAUCGCCGUGAGUCUGUGUUUUUUUUUCCAUGAUCUCCCUGUGGGGUGGAUUGAGCUGUACUUGGUGUGGCUCCAUGGAUGGAGAAGCAUCCUGUCAAGUGUGUCUCUUUUUAUCGUCUGGCUCUGCUUUGCUGUCGGAUUUUUUGGCUCCUGGAUCGGCUACAUUUGGUUUCUUAGCAGGCGACUACAGUUUUACUACGGUACCCAUCAAUAA